GAAAUGACCAGAAUGCCACUGAGCUUUCUGUCGAUUUACAUCGGAGGACUGACUUCGAAUUGGUGGGACGAGAUUAACGAGUCUGUUCAAUGGCAAGAUGGGAUCUUCUUUACUCUAUGUGCCGCCUUUGGCCUUGUCUCCUCUGUUGCUUUGAUUCAAUUAAUAAGGAUUGAACUGAGAGUACCAGAGUAUGGUUGGACAACACAAAAGGUUUUCCACCUCAUGAACUUCAUUGUAAAUGGAGUGCGUGCUGUUGUGUUUGGAUUUCACCAACAAGUGUUUCAUUUGCAUCCCUGGGUGGUAAUAUUGGUACUGCUAGAUCUUCCUGGAUUACUGUUUUUCUCAACAUACACACUUCUUGUCUUAUUUUGGGCAGAGAUCUAUCACCAGGCAAGAAGUUUACCAACAGAUAAACUCCGAGUUUGGUACAUUUCAAUUAAUGGUGUAAUGUACUUCAUACAGACUUGUAUUUGGGUAUACCUCUGGAGAGAUGACAACAGCGCUGUGGAAUUCAUUGGCAAGAUAUUUAUUGCAGUGGUAUCAUUUAUAGCAGCACUAGGUUUCCUGCUAUAUGGAGGAAGAUUGUUUUUCAUGCUGAGACGCUUUCCUAUUGAAUCUAAAGGGAGAAGAAAGAAACUAAAUGAGGUUGGAUCUGUGACGGCCAUAUGCUUCACGUGUUUCCUCAUAAGAUGCUUUGUGGUGUUUCUAUCUGCUUUUGAUGCUGAUGCAUCACUUGAUGUACUCUAUCAUCCAGUUCUAAACUUGAUCUAUUAUAUGGUGGUUGAAAUCCUUCCUUCAGCUCUAGUGCUCUACAUCCUGCGCAAGUUGCCUCCCAAAAGAAUAUCAGCCCAAUAUCACCCCAUUCAUUAGCCAUGGAACAUCUUUGUUCACUGCAUUAUUAUUCUUUACACCUCAAAAAAUGGUUUUCGAUGGUUCCAGAAGUAGAGGCUAGUGGAAUUGAGUGAGAGAAGCGGAGCCAGGAAAGCAGUCACAUAUAUUUUUCUGGUAUGGCUCAUGAUGUCUGUGAUUCUUUAAGAAUAUGCACAAUACAUGGAGUGCUUCGUGACGAGGCAAGGGAGAUAUGUUGAAUUGAUUUCUUCAUGGUUUUCUGGCUUGAAAGCUAGGUAUUUGUAACAUUGCUACUUUCCUGGGUCAUCUUGUGAAAGGAGUGACCUUGUAAGUUUAAUGUUGUGAGGAUCUGUGCCAACAUCAUUGUACAUUUAAGCAUUGGUCACUGCGUGUGUCUGUAUUUUUGUCUCGUACACAAAUUUUUUACCCUAGUAAACAUGUCACAAGCUUUUGUACUUUCCCUCAUAUGAAUGGUGUGUUUUGAUUUUCUUGUUUCC